AGGGGAAGUUGCGAGAAGAAAGAAAGGAGGAGACGUGACGGGAUUGUUGAAAUUAUUUUCUUGAUUCCCCAACACCACCCCACCACAGUGUCCCGGGUUCCGUUUGUAAACACUCCAGCGGUGGUAUUUAAAGUUCCAAACAUCGCCUGGCUCUCAGCAGAAGUCCUGAUAGUGAGGUUUGGCCCACAGGACACCCGGGGAUCUGACUAGGUCAUGGCCAAUCGGGGAGGAGCUACGAGACCCAAUGGACCCAACGCAGGGAACAAGAUCUGUCAGUUUAAGCUGGUGCUGUUGGGGGAGUCAGCCGUCGGGAAGUCCAGCUUAGUGCUCCGCUUCGUCAAGGGUCAGUUCCACGAAUUCCAGGAGAGCACGAUAGGAGCUGCCUUUCUCACUCAGACAGUGUGUCUAGAUGACACAACGGUGAAGUUUGAAAUCUGGGACACUGCAGGUCAGGAGCGUUACCACAGUUUGGCACCCAUGUAUUACAGAGGAGCACAGGCCGCCAUUGUGGUCUACGACAUCACAAACGAGGAGUCCUUUGCACGGGCAAAGAACUGGGUGAAGGAGCUACAAAGACAAGCUAGCCCUAAUAUAGUCAUCGCUUUGUCAGGCAACAAGGCUGACCUAGCCAACAAGAGAGCUGUCGACUUCCAGGAUGCCCAGUCCUACGCAGAUGACAACAGCUUACUUUUCAUGGAGACGUCGGCCAAGACAUCUAUGAAUGUGAAUGAGAUAUUUAUGGCUAUUGCAAAGAGAUUGCCGAAGAGCGAGCCACAGGCUGCAGGAGCCAACAGCGGGCGGAACCGAGGAGUGGACCUGACAGAAGCUGCCCAGCCAGCCAAGGCUCCGUGCUGCAGUAACUAACGUGAAGAACGCUUUCCCUCCAACCAACCUGUCGAGCAGUAACUAAUGCGGCCGAUGCCCUGAAUGCCACCGCAGUUACUAAUGCAAUGUGUUGUACUCUUAUCUCCAAUUCUCUGAUCUGCGAAACAAGAAAAGAUGCCCUGUGUCCCCCUCCUUCUUUUUGCAGUAGCGAAGUCAAUGCCAUUACACUGAUCUUUCCACAUGGCUCCGCCUCUUUUCCUCCAUUGUGGUUCUGCUGCUACCUGGUUAAGCCUCCUAACCAUUCUUUCCUUCUACCUGCCAUCCAGCUUGUUACAUCUAUCAGUUAUUAUUGAUAGAUUAACGGUCGCAGAUAUUAGAGACAUUAGCGCACCAUGCCUUCCAUCAUCUUCUUUCCAGUGUGUAGAUAUGAGCUUCGUUUUGAGGAAGUGGUUACUUCCCUUUUCUGGGAUAGCUUAAGACUUAACUGCUGCAUUUCUAAUACCAGUCUUCUGUUUUAGUUCUUUUUUUUUUUUUUUUUUUUUUGAUAAUUUUGUUACUUGUUGUUUUCGACUAUUUGUCAUGCACAAACCUGUAUGCUUACAUGGCCUAAAAUGGAGAAACAAAAACCUUUUGGUCUGCAGUAGCACAGAAAAAAAUGUCUGUUAGAGAAGAGGAGCGUUUUCUUGUGAAUCUGAGACGGAGGAAAGGCAGAGGGUGGCUCUUGUCACUUGGACCCUUUUAUCUUAAAGUGUAAAAACGUAUGUUGACUGUAGUCCUCCAAGAUCCUCUCCCUCCGAUUCCCUCUGCCUGCCCACGCUAUCCAUGUCCUUUCCCCCACUAAACCCAAAGUAGCACUAGUGUACAUUCUCUUCUACCACCCUAAGGCUCCAUUCUGGGGCCAUGCCUGCUUCUAGCUGUCCCUAGUGGCAUUGUGCAAUGUUUCACAGUAUUUAGUCUGUGACUUGAGUGUCUGCACCGACCAUUGCGGCACAGCAAAACCCCCUGUUCCACCCAGCUUUCUCCACAACAAGGCGCAGGGGCCUUUGAGGUACACAUCAGUGUCACCACCUUCCCAUCUCCUGAAGCAGUGUCCUUUUAUACAUCUUGUGUAGACCAUCCCUUUGUGGUUAUGCCCGGGUCUCUUGGUUUCUGUCUUUGGAUCAUUUAGUUUUCGCAGACUACCUUUUCCAUUGUGUUAAUGUUGCUGGACCGCUGCUGGGUGUGCGCCCGGUCAAAAGGUGAUGGUAGUGAGAUGGGAGUUGCAAUAUGUGAGGCUGCUUCAUAAUCACCUUUGAAUCAUAAUUGUCAUCUUCUCUUGUUUAGGAAGUGCUUUAGACACAGUUGUGUGUCAGUGUGUACAAACUGGGCCCGGGCUGGCUGAUGACAGAUCUCACCCAUAGAGUCACUCACACGUGCUGUGUGUGUGUGUGUGUGUUUGAACACACAUUUGCACAUAAACACACACCUUACAUUGACUUCUUCCCUCCUAACCCUGUCAGACCUAAACAUGAUUGUACAUAGGCACACACACACACACACACACACAUUCUGUUACACCUCUCCCUCUCCUAUGUUGAGCACGCACUUCUUUUCCCGUCCCAUCCUCCAUCACACAUUGUUACAUACAGCGACACAUGCACACACAUAUACAUACAUGUGGUCAAUAACUUUUUACAGGUCUUACUCAUGCCUUGCACUAAUGAUGCUCAUGAAUAUAUCUUGUCAUAAUUACAGCCAGUGUGAUAUAAAUAUAUAUAUAUAAAUAUAUAAAUAAUAUACUGUAAAUAGGGUGUUGCGGUGUAGUCUACCUUUUUUCGAUUUACCAGUGACAGGACUAAUGCUUGCUAGGGAGUUGUCUAGAUAAUCAUGAAAAAACUGUACAGUUAGCAGAAAAAAAAACAGCUACAAUCUGGGUUUGGAGUUUUGUUGCUGUUCCUUUUUUCCACACAAAUGGUUAAAUUAUAAUCUGUGGUGUUCUUUAUAAAUGUACGUAGUGUUAUUAACAAGAAAAUGAGAUUGCAUUUAUUUAGUCGUCUGUCUCGUACCUUUUCUCUCAAAAGAAAAAAAUAAUAUCCAAACAUUUUGGUUCUAUUUUUUAACAUUAUCUCUUUCUUGCAUUUCACUAAUUCUUUUUUUAGUGGUAACAGGCUACACGUCCAGUACUCCUCCCUGUAAGUAGACCCAACCUUAAAGCUCCAGAGGAGUCGGAAACAAUACAAAACAGUUCAAAUAACCGAUUGUCUGCCCCCCCCUACAUAACAUCUCAGUAACCUUGUGACGAUAUUGUAGGAACAGUGUAACAACUAUCAGCUGGCACGAUGGUGAUCAUGAAUAAAUGAGUUAACACAUAAUAAGGAUGUAAAUUGUAUGUUUUUGCCGUGAACACUUAAUUGCAGCUGAAAACAUUUAAAUGCAAGCAUUUUACAGUACUGUUAUGUAAUGACCAAAUAAAUACUGAAAUAAAUUUGA